CGUACUGUCGUCGUCAGAGUCGUCAUCGAUUUGUGAUUGUUAUUUGAAAACCUUGAAAACAGCUAAAAAAUGAUUUUUCAAAUUUAAUAGUGAACAAAAGACUAUUAAAGUAAAGUCAUAAAACAUAAUAUAAAAUAAGGUAUCCACAACGUGUGACAAAAUGGCAAAGGAAAUGAUGAUCGUCUUCAUUUACGAUACAUUAAAAAACGACGAAUUCCACGAUCCUGUUAAAUCGGUUAUUUAUUUUCAUCCAUCUUGGGUUUCCGAAACACAGAAGCUGCUGUUAUGUGGUCAACUAAUGGGGACGGCUCACUUUCUCAGUGAAACUUUGUUUAAACCACGAAUAAUCUCAUUACAAAGUGGAAAAUUCGCCAUUAAAUCUUUUGGACGAUUUUUAUUGGCGGUGGGAUCGGAUCGAAAUAUGUCGGAAAUAGUCCUAGAGUACAGAGCCCAUUUUUUGUACACCCUUUUAAAAAUGUAUCACUGUGACAUAAAUGCAAUUUAUGAGCAAUGUAAAUGUGAUGAGCAAGAUACGAGAUUUGUUGAUAAAAUGUACAGCAUAAUGGAAAGUUAUUUGCCAUUGUUACAAUACAAUGGUAAUAUUUUUCAGAACGUGUCAAGUUUGAAGCUUCCAAAGAGCGCGAGUAAUCUCUAUAUGGAAACAAAUCAGAUACUACAAAGCUUUCAGCAAACUAAAGGAGUAUUAGGUGGAACUAUUCUUUAUCAUAAUAAAGUUGUCGCUAGUCAGUUAUCAGAUAACCUAACAAAAAUAUUUACUUUAUCCGACUUGUAUCGACUGAAAUCAUCAGAGUAUAUCGUGGCUAAUUAUCAUAUACCAAUAGGUGUAACACUCAUAAAUGCGUAUAUUCCUGCAAAUGAAUAUUCCGAACUUGUGCGAUCAUCAUCACAAUCACACAACUUGUUCAUAAAUGCUACGGUAAAAGAUGUUAUUCCAUUCCAAGUUCGCAAAAAAUCUUUCUCGAAAGAUUCACAUUCCAUGAUGAAACGAGAUAAAUCGUUAAUAUUUACCAACAUUCCCGAAGAAGAUUUAGAUGACACUGCUGGCGUAGUAAGGCCAGGUAACUCCAGGAAGCCAACCUUCAAUAGACCAACACAUUUACCUUUGCUGUUUAAAAACCCUAUGACACUAGACCUUUCGGAAUCAGGUUUCAAUUCCAUCAAUUUUGAUGAAACUGAUAGUUUUCCUAAUUUCAUUGGAAAAACAAGUGUUUGUUCAACUCCGAUGACGGAGAACAAACUGUUACCACACGGUAACGUACUAUCAAUUUGUGCGGCGACUGAAGAUUUUGAGCUUGAUAAGCAUCCAUCUGCAGAACAGCAAGAGAACGAACAAUCGAAAAUAAAUUUGGAAUGUGAUACUGAUCGUACGCAAAAAACAUGGAAUGAAACACCGAAGAAUAAAUUCCUAACAAACUUUGUUAGCAAUCCGUAUAAAUCUAGUCAUCUUAGGUCUUCUAUGAGCAAUCUCAAUGAAAUCGCUAGUCCGAUAGAAAUCGAUGAAAUACCAAGUGAAACACAUAAUAAAAUAACAAUCGGUUCAAGGUUGAAGAAAAUCAGGAACCGGGAACUAUGCAAAACCAUAGCUGAUCCCAUUUAUCCCAUUUACAAUACCGAUGGUUGCGCGGUGUCAUAUACUUUAUUCAAGGAAUUCAUGGAGUUAUACUACGAUGAUUUAAAAAAGAUCUCAAUCGUUAAAACACAAACUCCUCAGAAACCUGAAAGCAUAACAGAGACUAAUGAACUAAAAGAAAGCAAAGAGAUCGCGCUUGUUAAAAUAACUAAUUCCGCCAAAAGUCGUCGUGAACUCAACUUACCGCUCAAAGCUUUGGACCUCAAAGGAACAGAGUAUAAUCAAGGGAAUAUGUUCGAUUGCCCUGCCAAUCGUAAAAAGCUGUCCGGCUUACAGCUUACUCCACUUAUGUCGAAACUUACCAUACUAGCAAUAAACGAUCAGCAAUCCAGUGGGUUUUCCAGCUAUGAUACAACACCCGGUUGUAGUUUUAAUAACGCCAUGACACCAUUGGAUUACCAGCCGAAACGAAGAAAAUCUAAAACAUUUUCAGGCGCUCCGGUGUACGACGAAAACUGUUUACUAGAUAAUGAUAUAAGCAAAUCAGUGAAGGUUGAGCUCUUCAUAUGUGUACAACAAAACAUGACCUUGGUGUUGAUUUUACAAGAAAAGAGUAGCGAGAAAGAAGAAAUGAUCCACUCUUUGUUUGAAACAUGCGUUUCAAAACUUAUCAAAAUCGAGAAUAGCCUUCAUCAAGUGAUGAGUAUUAAUGUCGAAGGGUCAGACAAAGGAGAAGGUGGUUAUAGUUUCAUCUGUCUGGACUCCAAGUGGGACGUCAAUAACAGGUGUGGGCCAUGGACCCCGCGAGACCUGUUAACUUUGAAUUCGCUGCACAACAACUUUCAUUAUAAUCGUAAACUCAUUGAACUGAUUUUGAAAUCACAGGAUGCAGUUAUUUACUCUUAUCGUUGUGGAAGAUCUGAAGUAUACUAUCAACAAUCAUCUAUCAUACUACCAGGAUUACCACCACCGCAAGAUGGAAUGGGAACCGUGUCACUUUGUGCCAAAAGAAGACUUGAACGUGAUCAUAGAAUUCUGCUGCUCUGAAUGUAAUACAGUUUCAAUAAUGGGAAGCAUGUGUAUUAUUUAUCCGAACCAGCAUAAUCUUAUCAGCAUGUGGAUAAUUAAUAAAUGUGUUGGUGGUACGCUA